UCCAAAUCUGCGCAAAGCAACACUGAACAAAUUCAAAAAGUUCAAAACUGAACGUCGAGAGCUAGCAGACGUCGUCGUUUCAUUUCUUAAUGCUUUCCAAUGGACGCCAUAAUCUCCUCUGCUCUCGAAACCAUCUGUGUACAAGGCCAAGCCGGCCUCUCACUCGCCUCGCUGUGGACCGAACUCAGCAAUCUCAAUAACAACUCUCUUACUCCCUCUUUCAAAGCUUCGAUUUAUUCCAACCUCUUGAGAAUCCCUUCGCUUCAGUUCCUCUCCCCUCAAAACGACCCGUUUGAUCCGAAUGACGACGCGAUUCAACUCCUCGAGGACGCCGAGAAGUUCGGCGUGAAGAUCGUCGCCAGUUUGCAGCUUAGAGAUAACUUUGUUGGACUGUACGACACGCCGGCUGCUAAUGCUAACCUCUCCGUGCCUCAACGUCGUACUCUUGAACGUCUAGCUAUUGCUAGAUCAAAUGGACUAACACAAAAUCAACUUGCGAAGGAAUUUGGCAUUGAAGGGAAAAACUUGUUUUAUAUAGUGAGGAACCUUGAAUGCAAUGGGUUGAUUGUGAGGCAACCAGCAGUUGUGAGGACAAGGGAAGCUGGCAGUGAAGGUGAACCAAAAAACAGUUCAUGUGUGACCACCAAUUUAAUGUUCUUGUAUCGAUAUGCAAAGCACUUGGGUUCUCAACAGAGAUUUGAGAUUAGCAAGGACGGACCAAUUGUGGAUAGUUUUGGGAAUGGAAAUGGAAAUGUUGUGGGUAAAGAUAGUUUGUCCGGAGAAAGUGUUAAAGAGGAUGUGCAUGUGAAGGAUUUUUUACCUGCAAUGAAAGAUAUUUGUGAUAAGCUUGAAGAAGCUAAUGGCAAGGUUCUUGUUGUCUCAGAUAUUAAGCAAGGCCUAGGUUAUUUUGGACCUUCGAAACACAAGGCAUGGAGAGCUAUAUGUAGGCGGUUGACUGAUGCUGGUAUUGUCAUGGAGUUUGAUGCAAAAGUGAAUGACAAGGUUGAGCGUUGUCUACGAUUGUUGAAAAAGUUCUCCUCAAAAAGUUUUGAGCCAAAUAACCUUGGAUGUGGAGAUAAUUUCAAUAAAGAAGAACCAGUGAAAUUUGGAAGGAGAUUUCCCAAAAAUGACCAACUCGUAGAGCUUCCCAUUGAGCAUCAAAUUUAUGAUAUGGUUGAUGCUAAAGGAUCUAAUGGAUUGACUGUUAUGGAGGUGUGUGACGGGCUUGGAAUUGAUAAGAAGAAAAACUAUGCUCGGCUUCGUAGCAUGUUUUCUAGAUUUGGAAUGCCUUUGAAACCAGAGAACCAUAAAAGAACUUUGGCAUAUCGAGUUUGGACACCUGGGAAUUCUAAGUCUAAAUCAUUUAAUGCAUUUCACAGUAAAUUUAAAAAGAAUAGCAGUGAAGAUAAAGUUUCUUGUAGUGAUUUUAACCAUAUAGAUGAUGCUUCUCAUGGACCAUAUCAAACAUAUCUUGAGUAUAACCAUUCUAUUUCUAAAAGUGAUUUAGCUAAUCGUGGAGAAGAAGAAGACACUGAAACCAAUACUGAAAUUUCUCCUGGCUCCUUUGGUGAUGAUAAAACUAAACACAGGCUUCCUUGUUCUGAGCAAGAGUUGGUUCAUGACCCAAGUGACACGACUCCUGGGAAAGAACUAGUUUUAGUGAAUUCGGAUAUAGAAACUAAUGUUUCUCCAUCAGGAACAAAACAUCCUGCUUUGCGGAAGGCGCAUACAAAUUCAUCACCGUCUUUGACCCCUAAUAGUUUACGAAGGGAGCAGUGGAUACUUGAACGCCUACAGGAUGAAAAGUUCAUUUUGAGAGUUGAGCUGCAUAGGUGGCUCAUGAAUCUUGAAGACAAAGGCCCGACAAUUGAUAGGAAGACGAUUGAACGAAUAUUAGCAAACCUUCAGCGACAAGGACUCUGCAAAUGCAUAGACAUCAGCGUUCCUGCUGUCACAAACUGUGGCCGCACCCGCACCACCCGGGUGGUUCUGCACCCAUCAGUCCAAAGUUUGACUCCUGAUCUACUUGGUGAAAUCCAUGAUAGACUGAGAUCUUUUGAAAUCCAAAUUCGCGGUGGAGGCUCAUCUAAGAUGAAGAAGAAUGAAUUUGUUCCUGUGUUGGAUGGUGUACAGAGAACUCAGUGCCGUAUAAAUUCAGAUGACAAAACAGUCAAAUACGAAGCCAUGCGUGCUAAUGGGUUUGUAAUGGCAAAAAUGGUUCGUGCAAAACUUCUUCAUUGCUAUUUAUGGAGUUUUCUUAGUAAACAACCUGGUUGGGAUGAUACCUUAUCAUCUAGGAAAUAUGUGACGGACUUAAAACUUUCUUGCAAUUCUAGCAAUUUGUUUUCGCUAGAAGUAGCCAUUAAGAACAUUCCAAUUGAACUCUUCUUACAAGUAGCAGGAUCUUCUCUGAAAUUUGAUGAUCUGAUUGAGAAGUGCAAGAGGGGUUUGUCUCUUUCUGAUCUUUCUGUUGAAGAGUAUAGGUCUCUGAUGGAUACCAGGGCAACUGGGAGACUAUCAUUGAUCAUUGACAUUCUGCGCAGGUUGAAGUUGAUUCGGCUAGUAAAUAAUGGUCAUUCAGAUGAUGGAAUCAAGUACUUGCAUGCCAGUUUGUCACAUUCAAUGGAACUUAAACCUUAUAUAGAGGAACCACCAUCAAUAGCUGCAACAUCCAAUGCUAUGCUCCUUGAUCUUCGCCCACGAAUCCGGCAUGACUUUUUCCUGUCAAGCAAAGAAGCUGUUAAUGAGUACUGGCAAACUUUAGAGUAUUGUUAUGCUGCUGCUGAUCCAAGAGCGUCCAGACUUGCAUUUCCUGGAUCUGCUGUUCAUGAGGUUUUUCAUUAUCGGUCAUGGGCUUCAGUUCGGGUUAUGACAGCUGAUCAGCGUGCUGAACUCCUUAAGUGUAUGGUGAAGGACAAUGUAAAUGAAAAGAUCUCAUACAAAGAGUGUGAAAAGAUUGCAAAGGAUCUUAAUCUGACUUUAGAGCAGGUGCUGCGUGUGCAUUCUGACACGCAACAACAACGUCUUAGCAGAUUUCAAGGCGCUGUUGGUGCCAAUGGGAAGGAGUGCCAGCCACGAAAGAAUAAAUGUUCAUCGUCACAACAGAGAAGGAGACCAUUAGAAGAAAGACCAUUAAAGCAUACAAGAGUUGGUGCUGCAACUGGAAAGUUGAAUAGCCAGGGGGUUGCUACACUACCUGAUACUACAAACAGAUUUGUAGAAGACCUUGACCUGCAUAUUCAAGGACACGAAGAGAGUGAUCAUUUGAUGAAUGUGGAAGAUCCAGGACUAAAUGAAGAUGAGGGAGAACAUCAUUUCUCUUACUGUCAGCGCACAUCCUCAGAGAUGAAACCAUCACAUCAAAAAAGGUUCUCGUGGACAGAUGAAGCAGAUAGGCAACUGGUGAUUCAAUAUGUUAGACGUCGUGCAACUCUUGGGUCGAAAUUUCACCGUGUGGAUUGGUCUUCUCUUUCUAAUCUUCCAGCGUCUCCUGGUGCCUGUGAGAAACGAAUGUCAUUUCUAAGAAGAAAUACAAAAUUUAGAAAAGCUAUCAUGAAUCUCUGUAAUUUGCUCAGUGAACGGUAUGUGAAGCACCUGGAGAAAACUCAAGACCUGAAACUAGACAAUAAUGAUAGCAGAGUGCCUGUGCAUGUUUUGUCCAGGGAAGGUCAUAAUCUUAAUGUCUCUGAUGGUGUUGAAGACACUGAAGAUGCUAAUUUUGAGGAAAAACUGUGGGAUGAUUUUGAUGACAAGAAAAUUCAGGCAGCUCUUGAUGUUGUCCUUCGAUUGAAACGGAUAGCUAAUUUGGAGACAUCUAAAAGAAUUGGAUCUGCUUAUGAGGAAUCUUUAAAUAAUCUUGAGGAAUCUGGAUUGUUUUCUUCAGCCACUUACAGUGAUCAGAACCUUGGUAUGGGACAACAUAAGGAUGCUGCUCGAAGAACUAAAUGUCAUCUCCUUCAUCAAAAGUUUCUCAAGCUUUUGAAUGAAGGGAUAAGUGUCAUUAGACAAGUUGAAUCAUUGGCUGUUUCUAAUGCCAUAGAAUUGUUUAAACUUGUCUUUCUGAGCACCUCAGCAGCACCAGAACUGCCUAAUUUGCUGGCAGAAACUCUACGGCGUUAUUCAGAACAUGAUCUUUUUGCAGCCUUUAGCUACCUCAAGGAGAAGAAAUUUAUGAUUGGGGGUAAUGGAAGUCCUUUUGUACUUUCUCAGCUGUUCUUGCAAAAUCUUUCUAAAUCUCCCUUUCCAAUUAAUACUGGGAAGAGAGCAACAGAAUUUUCCAGUUGGCUUUAUGAAAGAGGAAAAGAUCUUAUGGAAGGGGGGGUUAAUCUUAAUGCAGAUCUACAGUGUGGCGAUAUUUUUCAUUUGCUUUCUCUAGUUUCUUCUGGUGAGCUGUCGAUUUCUCCACUCUUGCCAGAUGAAGGCAUUGGAGAGGCAGAAGACUUGAGAUGUUUGAAACGGAAGAAUGAUGAAAAUGAAUUUUGUUAUGGUGAUAAGGCUAAGAAACUAAAAGUUGUGGCAGAAAGUGAACUUGUUUCUCGCCGAGAAAAGGGUUUUCCUGGUAUCAUGGUAUCUGUACAUCGUGCAAGAAUUUCACUGGGAAUGGAAACUUACAGUAGUGAACUUCAAGAUAAUGCCGAAUUAGACAAUCUUUUUGAUCAAAAAAAUGAUGGUAGUCCUUGUCAUUCUGACCCUGCAAAGCAAAAGCUCAAUUUUGGCAGUGUUGCUACCAUAGCGGGAGGUUCUAGUGAGUCACCUUGGGACUCUAUGGCAACCUAUGCUGAGUAUUUAUUGAGAGCUGACCAAACACCAGUUAGUUUCUUCGGUCCUCAGGUCUUUAAGACGGUUUAUGCAUCUAUUCAAAAGGCUGGUGACCAAGGAUUGAGCAUCAAGGAAGUUUCCCAAGUUACAGAUAUUCAAGGAGAAAAGAUCUCUGAAUGUAUCAUUAAUGUGCUUCAAGCAUUUGGACAAGCAUAUAAGGUCAAUGGCUAUGACUCUGUUCGAGUUGUUGAUGCAUUAUAUCUUUCCAAGUAUUUCUUGAUCUCUAUGGCUGAUUUCCAUCAAGAUCUCAAUGCACCGUCAUUGUCAAAGUUCUUAAGCAGGACAAAUAAUAGCCAAUCGGUUCAGCCAGAAAACCAUGAUAGCGAUGGUGCUAAUCCACAGGGGGAGAUAGAGAUGAAUGUUGGUGAUAUGCACAAAGUGACCAUUCUUAAUCUUCCUGAAGAUUUUGCUGAACAUGUGAGUGAAACUCAAACUAGUGAUGUGCAUGAAGUCAGUAUGCAAGUAGAUCUCUUGUCCAGGGAGGAUAUUCAGGGUGAAAGCUACAAAUAUACUUCUGCUGAAUUAUGUAUGCCAAUAUUGCCCUGGGUAAAUGGAGAUGGGACUGUCAACAGUAUUGUUUACAAUGGACUUUUACGUCGUGUUCUAGGCAUGGUUAUGCAAAAUCCUGGGAUAUUAGAGGAUGAAAUUAUUCGCAGGAUGGAUGUAUUAAACCCCCAGAGCUGUAAAAAAUUGCUUGAGCUGAUGACUUUGGAUAACCACCUGAUCGUGAGAAAGAUGCAUCAAACUACAUUCACUGGCCCUCCUGCUAUUCUAGCGAUGCUCCCCGGAUGCAGUUUCAGAAAUUCUAAAAUGUUAUACCGCAAGCAUUUCUUCGCCAAUCCCAUGAGCACAUCUUUACUGUAAACUCCUACUAUUCCUCGGCCCCUCCUCCUCGCAGCUUCAGGAUUUUGAAUAUGGUAUACCGCAAUUCACCAAUCCCAUUACCACCGUAUAUAAGCAUCAUGGUUUCCAAGUUUCAGCGAUAUACAUUCCCAGUGAGAAGUCGCAUAGUGGAGAUAGAAUUCACAUCUUAAUGAUCAAAUUUGCAAUGUUGAAAAUGUAUCAUUUACUCUUUUGAUUGUUCGUGUAAACUAAUGAUACAAACUACAUAGGUCAUGUAUAAAAAUUAUGCAGGUCACAUAAAA